UCGAUCGCACGCGCACAUCUCGCGACGUCAAAUACUUUGUGGUUAACACACAAGCCUCAAUCCGGCACGUCGGUGAUGAUGAGCUGGGAGCAGGGACACGACCGAGGCGAUAAGUUGGAGAUCAACGAGGCGGUUGGGAAACUUCUGCUGUCAUUCAACUAUGACACCAUAGUGGCUCAGCCUACCAAAGGCGGCGGCUGUAUGCGCAGGAAACACGUGAAGAGGCCGAUGAAUGCGUUCAUGGUGUUCGCGCAGGCGAUGCGCAGACGUCUCUCCGAGCAACGACCCUCGCUGCACAACGCUGAGCUCAGCAAGUCCUUAGGAUCUAUGUGGAAAAGCCUGAGCGACAACCAGAAAUUACCGUUUAUCAAGGAAGCGGAAAGGUUGCGUACCCAACACAAACGGGAGUACCCCGACUACAAAUACCAACCUCGUCGCCGGAAGCCACCACCGGCAACCACGACGAGGUUGAAACGUGAAAAGACCCCGGAGCUGGACUUCUCCCGCAUCGAGGUCGACGGGGCGUUGUUAGCGGAUGGCACGCCGGAUGGCGCCGAACUAGACCAGUACUUGAAGCCAGCGCCUAUUUUAGACUACCACGAGAUGCAACCACGAUACACUCACAGCUUACAGCAUCCUCCAGGACUGUAUUCUCCCCCUAUACCCUCACAUUUACACCCACCGUGUGGAGAUUGGCAACACUACCCAGGACAUCCCUAACAAGAAAAAAAACCUCCUUGUGGGUGACAUAAGUUCCAUAUCGUGAAUCUAAACAUUUAAAAUAGGUCAUAGUUUACAAAUAUUUAAGUAAUAGGUAUUGUAAAUAUCAUGGUAGAUAUCGCCACAUGGGUUUGGAUCCCGCACGUGCGUUUAAUCACAUCGCAAAGCAAACAUUGGAAGAACAUGUUGAUAUCUAAGAUUGACAUUAUAAAUUAUAAUAGACCAUCGACCGCCCGUGGCUUCGUUUGGCGAAAACAUUUAAAUCCUCUUUAUUCCCUAUUCCGUGGGAAUUUUUCAAAAUUCGGCCUUAUGAUUCCUUGUCUACGUCACGUCGGCUACGCAACCUCAAAAUUUCAUCUUCCUAGAUUCAAAGAUUUGGGCUGAGCGUUGAUGAGUCAGUUAGUGAGUCGGGACUUUUCUAUUAAUAUUUUUUUUAAAUAAGGCCAAAAAUAAACAUAAGACAUUAGGUACCUUUAUGUAUGAUGUACCUACAUAAUUAUUUCCACAUUAUUUUUAGUGUAGAAUCCUAGAUGCUUUUCGAAGUAUGAUUGUCGUCAAGCGCAAGUCUAUCUUGCAAUAAGCAGUAUGGUCUCGAAAAUAUUACAUAAAAUAAUACGAUCAACUAAGUUGAAAUCCGAACUUUCUUAAAAAGGUAAUCCGAAUAAGGCGUUUUUCACGUACCUUAAUACAAAGCAGAUUAUUAUUAUAGGUAUACAAUAUACAUACCCACGUCAUUUAAUUAAUAUUGAAUGGCAGCCACUCCGUGUAAAUAUUGGCAGCAGGUUAUUAAUUUUUUAUAAGUCGUACUUUAAGUUUGUAGUUUAAAGGCAGAUUAAGGCUGUAGCUUAAAGGUAAUCGCAUACUACAAGAGUCAAUCAAGACUACGUGCAAAAGGCGCAAAACGCGACUUCUUUUUCUGCACUUUUCUGCCGCGGAUUUUUACUGAUGACGCGUUGCAUUUCGCACGCGUAAAAUCAACUAACCCGUAAAAUAAACCCGUACUAUCACCUUGCAACUCACGGCUUUUUUCUAGUAGAAUGUGAUCAGCUUUAUUUUAUGUUUUUAAUUUUUUUUUUAUGUUUAAUAGUCAUGGCCGGAUUAAGGCUUGUAGAGGUCUAGGCAAUACAACCCUUGGGACGACCCCUCUCCUCUCCCCUUUUAAUAUAAAUAAUCCAUGAUAAAAGGUUCGAGUGCUACUAGUUUCAUAGCAGAGAUUAAAAAAAUUCGCCCUGUAUGGGCUGUGGCCCGUCAUGAGGCGCCUAAGGGUAGGAGGACCAGAGGUAGCCUAUGUAGGCCUGUGUUGCCUAUGCGGAUAAUCCAGGAUUAUCUAUAUAGUAAAGUUAAUGUACGGCUAGGAACGAAUCAAGUGGCAAUUCGGCGCGCAGAGUAGGUAGGUAGUAGUAAACACCCGAAAAAUCUGAUCGGAAACGCAUCGGUGUACUGCAAUAUGUCGUAAAGGAGUACCUACACUAAAGAUGAUGGAAAUACCAGUGGUCCAUAUUGUGAAUGGAAAAAUGCGCACGGAUUGGAUACGUCUUUUAUUACUUAUUGUACUUAGAACUAAUUCGCGCUCACGGAAUUCCACUAGAUUUGUCCCUGUCUUUAAGUUCAUGAAAAAACCUCAAAUUCCAAAGUUAAUUGUAUUCGUCUAUGUAUUUGCCUUCUCAGGUUAUUAGUUAGUUUUUAAUUUUAAUAAUCUCCUACUUUUAAAAUUUCUAAGUUAUUAUUGUGAUUAGGUAAUUAGUUAUCCGUACGUAAUGUUAAUGUUAUCUUUUUAAAUAAAAGUUUUUAUUGACUUCAAAA